AUGGCUUCCGGCCUUCUCCUCCAUCUCCUCCUCGCCGCCGUCGCCGCGCUCUGGGCUGCGGCGGCUGGUCAGGACGACAACGUCCUGCGUCCUGGUGCGCCAUCGUGCUCGACGACGGGCAACUACACCGACGGCAGCCAGUACAAGAAGAACCUGGACCAGCUCCUGGCCGCGCUCCCCGCGGCGGCCGGCGACAACGGCUGGUUCUACAAGGGCAGCGCCGGGGUGGGCGCCGACGAGGUGUUCGGCCUCAUCAUGUGCUUCGCCGACCGCAACGCGACGCAGUGCCGGGACUGCCUGGCCCGGGCGCCAGCGGGGAUCACGACGGUGUGCCCGGGCAGCCGGAACGUGAGCGCGGCCUACGACGCGUGCGUGCUCCGGUACUCGUCGGCGCCGAUCCCCGCCACCGCGGACCUCAACGCCGUGCUCGCCGUGUUCCUGACCAUCCGCGGGGUGCCCGUCACCUCGGACGCCGUGCGGGCCGCCUGGGUGCCACUGAUGAGCAAGCUCACCGGCGGCGUCGCCGCCUCGCCGCUGCGGAUCGCCAACGGCAGCACGCCGUACACGGGCCCGCAGGCGCGGGAGAUGUACGGGCUUGCGCAGUGCACCAGAGACCUCAAUGCCAGCGAGUGCUCGAACUGUAUCUCGAGCUACACGGACAGGCUGGGGGAGCUGUUCCCCAACAACACCGGCGGCGCCAUCAAGGGGUACAGCUGCUACCUUGUCUACCUGGUGGUCCCUCUAGACAUCACCCUGCCGCCGGCGCCGGCGGUGGGGCCGCCUUCGCUUUCGCCGCCACCGCCAGCAGCUCCUGGACCAUCAUCGUCUUCCAAGACAGGGAUCGUGAUUGGCGUGUCAGUCUCGUUCUUGGUAAUUCUGGGAUUCUCGAUGUGGUUCCUUCUACGACGACGACGGAGGAAACAGGCUAAAAUCCUUGAGGAAGGGAGGGAGCAAGAGCUGGGAGACGGCGGCUUCUUUGACGACGAGCCAGAGAUAGAAGACGAGUUCGAGAAAGGGACCGGGCCAAAGCGGUUCCGCUACGGCGAGCUCUCCAUCGCGACGGACAACUUCUCGGACAGGCAGAAGCUCGGGGAAGGCGGGUUCGGGUCGGUGUACAGAGGAUUCCUGAGGGAGAUGAACCUUCACGUCGCCAUCAAGAGGGUGUCCAAGGGCUCGAAGCAGGGGAGGAAAGAGUACGCCUCGGAAGUGAGGAUCAUCAGCCGGCUGCGUCACCGCAACCUGGUGCAGCUCAUCGGCUGGUGCCACGGCGGCAGCGAGCUGCUCCUCGUCUACGAGCUGAUGCCCAACGGCAGCCUCGACACACACCUUUACAGCGCCAGCGACGGCGAACUGCUGCCAUGGCCGCUCCGGCACGAGAUUGUGCUGGGGCUGGGAUCGGCCCUGCUCUACCUGCAUCAGGAUUGGGAGCAAUGCGUUCUUCACAGGGACAUCAAGCCGAGCAACGUGAUGCUCGACGCGUCCUUCCACGCCAAACUCGGAGACUUCGGGCUCGCCAGGCUCGUCGACCACGGCCGGGGCUCGCACACUACGGUGCUCGCCGGCACCAUGGGGUACAUGGACCCGGAGUGCAUGAUCACCGGCAGGGCGAGCGCCGAGUCGGACGUCUACAGCUUCGGGGUCGUCCUCCUGGAGAUCGCCUGCGGCCGGCGGCCUCUGGUGGCUCGCCGCGGGGAAGAAGACCGGGAAGACGACGUGAUCCACCUCGUGCAAUGGGUGUGGGAAUUCUACGGCAGGGGAGACAUCCUCGACGCCGCCGACGCGCGGCUCAAGGGGGAGUUCGACGCCCGGGAGAUGGAGACGGUGAUGGUCGUCGGGCUGUGGUGCGCGCACCCUGACCGGAGCCUGAGACCUUCCAUCAGGCAGGCAGUCAACGUGCUGCGGCUCGAGGCGCCGCUGCCGAGCCUGCCGACGAGGAUGCCGGUGGCGACCUACAUGCCACCACCUGACGCUUUCUACUACACAUCUUCGGUUGCGACGACUGGCGGCGGCAGCAGCACCGGCACCGGCACUGGCACCACUCAGUCCAGCACGACAGAGACGUCAAUCCUUCUGAAAUAACGACAGAGAAGUUCUUUUGCAUUCCGCCACACUAAAUGUAGCAUCAAAUUUAUCCUGACGAUUUUUUACUAUCUGUAGACGUGCCUCACGUUCAUAAGGCAAAUAUUUUUACUGAUCUAGUAUAGAACUUAACUGCAGAGACCAAAUUGAAAUAGAGUAACAUUGGCAGCAUGUUCUAUUGAAUUCCUUGCCCACCAUAGAAUCUGGCUGGAGAUUUGUGCAGGCAUGUCAACUCCAAUGAGCACCAUUAACAGCCAAAGUCAAGGCUUUAUGUUCAGGUUAGGGGCUGGAGAUUUAGGGUGCAUUUUUGGCUUGCGGUUGUAAAUGAAAGUUUGGGGA